UUCUCCCGGUCCCUCGUGGCCGCGGUUGCCACGCUCUCACUCGUGACAUCCACGCAAGCCUGGAACGUGGAGCUGCCUCCUUGCCUGGACAAAUUUCAACCUUUUGUCUACUCUGGCUGCUUUCAAGAUGGCGGCCCCGGUAAUCCUAAUGCUCUCAUCUUCCGCUCAACUUUGUCUUCGAACAACAUGACUGUGGAGGAAUGCGUUUCCGAGUGCAAAGGCAAUGGCUUCCGUUAUGCUGGCCUCGAGUACUAUGGUAUUUGCUUCUGUGGCGGCACUGUUGACGGGCCUCAAAUCGAUGACUCUCAGUGCAGCUUUCCCUGCAACGGUAACAAAUCUGAGACAUGUGGUGGAAACAACAUCCUCUCCGUUUGGCAAGACCCGACAUUCCCUACUAAGCAAGUCACCGUCGGCGAUUACAAGGCUGCUGGCUGCUAUUCGGACAACUCGCAACAAGGUCGUGCUCUUUCCUGGUCGGCAGAUGUUGACUCUUCCACUUUCACCACCGAGUCUUGCUUGGCUGCCUGCGAGGCAGAAGGCUUCCCAUUGGCUGGUACCGAGUUUGGAAGCGAAUGCUGGUGUGGCAACGUUCUUGCAAACAGCACCGUAAAGGUAGACGACUCGCAGUGUAAUUUCGCUUGCAACGGCAACUCCUCAGAGACCUGCGGUGGACGUGGACUCUUGGACCUGUACAUUGCCACAGAUCUUGAGUCUUUGGAGCCGUGUGGCUGGGUGCCUCCCUCCAGCAGCAGCACGACCUCAAUCUCGACAACAACGCUGCCCCCUUCCAGUAGCAGCACGACCUCUUCAAGCACGACAACAUCUCUGCCCCCUACUACCAGCAGCACAACCUCUACAGACUCAACAACAUCUCUGCCUCCCACCACCAGCAGCACAACCUCUUCAGUCUCGACAACAUCGCUGCCUCCUCCACCCUCCUCCACCACAGAUGAUUGCGAAACGUCUUCCACGUCCUCCACGUCUUCCACAACUUCCACCUCCACUACAACGACUUCCACAUCCUCCACGAGUACCACCUCACCGCCCCCUCCCCCUACCACAACAACCUCCAAGACUACCAGCACCACAACCACCAGUUCUCUGUGCACGGCCACCGUCACCACUCCACCUUCGUGCGAGUACAAGUGCGGUGACUGGUGUUUCCCUCCUCUGCCCGACUGGAACAAUGAAAAGGACUGUCUGAAGGCUUAUGCUACCUGCGCAGCUGGUGUCGCCUCUUGCUUCGCUCAGGCUGGCUUCCCCGGCGCUCUUCAAUGCUUCAACUUUGGCCUGUGGUGCAGUGGCAUUCAGCAGUACUGCAGCUCGACCUGUUUGUUCGGGAAAUGCUCCAAGGGCGACUGCUGGAACCACAACCCCGGCCAAGGUGGCAGUCCUCCCAAGACGACCACCACCGUCGUUCCGUGCUCAGCGACGACCACAACCAAGCCUCCGGCCACCUCAACGACGGCCACCCAGUGCCCUCCUCCUCCCACCAACAUCUGCACGCAGCCUUCCAACCCCAAGUACGGGUACGGUCCAGGAAACCCCGUCGGCGGCAUUCCCCUGCCUCUUGUCAGCUGCAAUGACAUCUACAGCGACUGGCGCACCAACCCCUUCAAGCUGUACAUCAACCAGAACAGCCGGAACUGCCCCUCGUAUCCUCCCUCAGGCUGCGGCAAUGCUUGUUCUGAUGCGUGCAAGGAGCAAUACACGCAAUGCACAAACGUCUACCAGAAGGGCUGCCAGGAUGGCUCCAGCGGUCGAUUCAAGCGCGGCGAGGCAGCCAAGCGUUUGCUCGGCAUCAGCCAGUUCACGGCAAACUGGGGCUUUGGAGACAACACUCCUUCCAACGCGGCCAAGAAGUGCCAGGCCCAGUACCAAGACUGCUUGGCGGUUAACAAGAAUGUUAACCCCAAGCAACAGUGCAAGACAUGGGGC